AUGGCGUUUUUGCACAGGGUGCUUGGUGCGGUGAAGGAUGAUGAAGCGGUUAAAAAAUACAAUGAAUACAUGCCUGUGAAUAAUAAACUUGAAAAAGUACUAGAAGAGGUAAAUAAAAAUAUUGGCUCCGGGCGUGCUGGGCUUGCGGCGUCUGUCGGCGCGGUGAGGGAGUGGUUGGAGGGGUAUGAGGGGGAAGUAAAGGAAAAAAAUGGAAUGGUUGUUGGACCAUUGAAAAUACUUGAUAAAGAUAUUUCCGUGGUGUUAAAUGCGAUUAAACGUAAAAAUGCAUCACCGUACUCUGAUGAAGUUUUGAAGAGUUGGAUGGAGGAAGUCAAGAAGCUUCCCCAGAAAAGUGCGGAGUCCCUAGAAAAACUUUCAAAAAUCGACAAAAACCUCAGAACGCAAAUUGAACCGAAUGUAAAAGUGAUUGAUCAAGCAGUGAAAGAUUUGGCAAGGUCUGCUGAACUCGAUCACAAGGGGCUUGAGAAGGUGGCCAAAGACACAGAUGCUGAGAUUCGGGCACUUGAAAGUGUUGUCAAGCAAGUUGCCACGAGGGAAGAAAAAAAGUGCAUCGGUGAAUUGCAGGAAAAUUUUGGUAUGAACAUUAUUGCACCGAUGGAGCAAGUUAAAAAUCAAUUAGAGACAAUCAAUGAAAAUCUGGAGCGUUGGAUCCGGGAGGUCGCGAAAGUUGUGGAAGCCGCUAUAAAGAAGUGCGAUGAGAUACUUCAGAGGGUUGAUAAAAAAACAGGCGGAGGGGAUGCAGAGAUUUUAGAGAAAACCAGAUUGUUGAAAUAUAAAUCGCUGACACUUCUCGCCGCCGCCACAUUAGCAAAGGAAAAGGUUCAAAAUUUGGUUCCACACGCGCUUGAACAAGUGAAACAGAUGGACGAUGCUCUAAAAAAUGAUUUGUAUAAGGUGAAGGAUGCUGUUCAGGAGAAGGUGACGGGGAUUAAAGAGGCGAUUGGGAAACUUUAUAAAGUUGUUGAUAUCACAAAUAGCUUAUCCGAUUCGGAGCGCAAAAAGAAAAUUGCUACGGUGCUUGGCUAUAUCUAUGGUCAGCUUAAUGAGAUAAAGGGUCACGUUGGCGAGUCCAAAAAAAGAGGAGAGAACAAACCAAAUGAUAAGAGCAUAUACUACAACUGGUGCGAAGUGAAAGAUAAGAUUGAAGAUUACGUUGCGAAAAUAAAAGGUGUACCGGGUGAAGGUUUGCUUCAUAAUAAGGACGGACUGAAACAGAUUGUCGACGGUAUUAAGGACUAUGCCACGGGGUUCAAAAGUCUGCUUGAGGGUUCUAUCGUUGCAACCGUUACAGCGGUCGUAGACAGCGAUGUAAUGCAGAAAGGAUAUCUUCUUUGGUACGCUCGUGAUAACAAACAAAAUUUUCAGGGCCCCAGCAGCAUUCAACAUGCGGCUAGGGGAGUGACUCAGGAGGACUUAUUGAAGAAAAUAACUCCAUUGGUAAAAAAAACUAUUACGGAAGAGAUGAAAUCAUAUGUCGAUACGGUUCGCAUAACUGAUUAUGAUGAUCCUGAACAUAUGUUAACGGCAAUUAGUAGAUGUCUUACUACGUGUUCUGCCAAAGUAGAGGGGCAGGAAAAUAAAAUUGUUUCGUUGAUUGAAACCGCCAUGAUGAGUAAUGACGAAUUACGACUUACUAUGUCGACUACAUAUCCAAACAAAUAUCAGCCGUAUAAUCUUAAUUGCGCCGUAAAAACCAUUGUCUAUGCGGUGUCACAUCUGGCUAAGGACGCAGAUACGGAACUUAAGAGCUUUAUUUCGGCGUCCCACAUCAUCAAUUUGAAAACUGCAAUAGUCAACGCCGAUAACAUAAACGCCCAAUUUAGAUCUGGUGGAACUAGCUACGGAAGCAAAAUCGACACAUCCUUGAAAGAGGUUCAUACACAGAUUGAGACACUUCAUCAUCAGCUUCAAACGGCGACACAAGCCGGUUCCGAUGGCGAUGCCAGCAAUACCGCCGCCGCUGACGUCGACACUGCGAUCGAGUGGGUGACAAAUACGCUUGAUGCGGAGAUCGGGACAACAACUGAUAAAACUGUACAACUUCCCGAUAGAGCAGAUAAAUUUGGUGGUUACAAAAAUUUCGUCAACCAAGACUCAACCAAACUGACCGGUGACGCUGGAAAACUUGAAGGCGCUCUUCCGCAGAAGAUCAAGGAUAUUGGAGACGAAAUCAAGAAGGCUUUGAAUAUAAUCGCCCCUAGUCCUAGUGUAGGUGAACAGAUUAAGCAGCAGACCUUUGACGAGCCAUUCACCAAAAUUGCUGAAGAGCUCAGGGAAAUCACCGCCUUGGUGAAGAAGUCAAAUUCAUUCAUGGGGGAUGAUAAAGCUGACAAAGGAGUCUUAGCGCUUUUGAGAGAUCUUGGAAUGGGCCUCAACCGUGGUCUCGCCGGUGUUUUUUCUAACGGUCUUAAGGAUAUCGAAAAACAUUUAGAAAAUAUAAUUGGUCAUGAAGACGACACUACUGAAAUGCCAACUACCGUCUACGGUAUUAUAAAUGCGUGCAGAAAGUUCUACGAAUUAAUGAGAACAAAAAUUAAUACUUGCAUCUCCACCAUUACCGAUAGUCUCGCAACUCAUGUCAAACUAAGAAUCGCCGCCAUCCGCAACUCCGCCCUCUCCCAGUUCGCCCAGUCCAAGGCCGCCGCGCUCCAGAAGCUGCAGGAGUUGGUUGAGAGGGAGAAUGCGGCGAUUAAGAAGAUUAUUGAAGAGGAUCUGGAAAGCGGAUUGAAGGGAAUGAUGGGCAAAAUGAAAGACAAUCAAACUUUUCUCGACACUCUGCAAACGCAAACGGAACUACGAACAGCUACCCCCCAAGUCAGAAUGUUCGUAGAUGUGCUGCUCCAAUACGUCGAAAGUGAAGUGCAAACCUCGACUGGGCAAACGAAGAAAGACACAGUUGCGUCCACCAAAAUCGCUGACGUGAAAGCCAUGCUCGGCCUUCUGCUCGACGACCUCUCCUCCUCGAAUCACUUUGAUCAUACAUUCUCCCGUAAUCUCGCUGAUUUUACUAAUACACUUAGCGCACUGCAGCCAUCCACGUUCGCUGGUCAUAACCAUCCGGAGUUGCCUGAUGCCAUGAGAGGUGGACUUCGGAAGCUUGUAGGUGAACUUGGGAGGGCGUAUGUCAGUAGGUACGAUGGCUCGCCGGCAAUCACCGAUUGGUUGUUAAAAGACCCUAAGCAGCAAAGCGCUCAAAAAGUGCAGGACUCCGAUCAGAAUAUGAUUUUGACGACAAAUGGAAAUAAUUGCGCGAAGGUGUUUUUGACCUGCGUGACCAGUUACGUCGAUGAGUUGCAUCAUUUGUUCUACCACGGCGGUAAAACGUGGAAGGAGCACUUCGUUGCCGGCACUGACACCGGGAACCAAAAUACAAAUAUGUUGAGGGAUUACCUGACGAUCCAUGGCUACGGGAUUGAGAGCCUAAAGAAAACGUACACCGGUAAAGAAGUUGCCUUCAGAUUGAGCAGAGGCUUCACGCGUCACAAGACGUUCAACAAGGAUCCCAGUGAACUAAAUUCCGUUGGUGAGUGCUUUGAGUAUUUCAAAGAAAAAGGGGGCAUAUUAGCUCAACUGUUCACCCACUUACAUCAUUACUACGAAGUCUGCCAUUACGGUACCAUGUUCGCCACCAAGCAACCGUCGAGCGUAUACCAAAUGCUGCUAUGGUUGUCCGGUUUUCCAUACAAUCCUGUCUACCAACCGUUGUCAUUUAACGGAUUCAGUGAGCUGUUUGAGAAGGAGGAGAACAACGCUGCUAACAGUGAGGGGGACGACAUCUUGCUUGAAACCGACGACGCCGACACUCUGCCUGCUCACCCGGAGAACAUCACAGUUGGAGGAAUAUCAGGCAUGCUGACGGAAGUAUGCCAUCAGGCUCACGACGUACUUACAUCUAUACUUGGUCAUGGACACGCGGACGGAAUAUACGCGGUGGACUUCAACACCAAUUCUCAAGGGUUCUCGUAUCCCUCUCGCUACGGCCAAUGCAUUGAUAUGCUGGUAGACAUCUUGAAUCGUCUUUACCAACAGCUCUACUUCGUAUGCUGCCAAUGCUGCAACGACGAAAGCUGUUCCGGGUGGCGGGGUUGUUUGUAUGGCAAUGCAAUCGGUGGGUCAGAUUGGAAGUGCAACUCAAAGCAAUGCGCUGACCAAAAGUGUAACCAAAAGGUCAACCAAACGUGUGAGUUACACCCUAAGUGCGGUGUAAAAUCUCCGUUACAGUCAUACUUAGAGGAUGGUUUGCCGGGUUUUCUACCACACUCAUUUAAGAAACCAGGUUGUAAACUAGAAUGCACUGUGUCCAACCAUCGCGGCAUACCGUGUAAGACGCCAAUGGGCUUUACAGAUAUAAGCACUAUGGCAUCGCAUACUCAGAUAGGUGAACAUCUUAGGAAGGUGCUUGCAGAAUUUUGUGGAAAACAGGGUAGUCCACUUACGAAACUUUGUGGUUACUUCAACUGUCUGUUACAAACGCCUCCGCAGACUCUCGGCGAUAUGUUCGCCUUUUACUACAAUUUCACCAAUCGCUGGAGCAUGGGUAAUAGCGAGCAUAGGGAAGCAGCAUUCAACACUGCGGUGAACAAUGCAAACUUUGGCGUUAAUUAUGAAGAGCUAAAGGUUUACUACAUAUUUUCCUUUAGUCACUCAGAAGCGUGGACGGGGCAUUCCGCUGGUAGCCUGGGAAGUCUCGUAUGCACGUCGAAUGACGCCGUCGUAUGUGGUCCAUAUUUGCGUCCGAUCAAUAAAUCCAUCUACGGUAUGUUUUCAUCGAAGCAUGCCGAUAAAUAUUUGUCGUGGAUCGUUUACCUGACGGCGACGUUUUACGAUCUGCUUAAAAAGUUGUACGAUGAGUGCAAUUCCAAAUGCGGUUUCAAGGGGUCGAAUUGCCAUGAAAAGGCGUGCAUCAAGGAAUGUACAACUACAUCAACUACGUACAAACCGCCACGAUAUCACGAUCCCAAAUGCAAAUCCAUUGUAAAGUGCAAUUCAACGCUGCCGACAUUGGCAAAAUACGGCUUCGUUCUCGGCGAUCCAGAGAGGCUGAACAGGGAUGGACAAUCGCAUACAAAACGCACGUGCAGAGAUUUCUGCGAUGUAUUUGCGGAGGCAUUUGACAAAGACUCACAUCUUGUGCAGUUUUUCAAAGCCAUUGACAAUUUCAUGUUCACCAUCCGCGCACCUUUCUUGUGGAUGACCGUCGCACUUUGGUCACUAUCCUUCUUCUACCUCAUCUGCGUAAUGGUUGGCAGACUGGAUGUGCUCCACAUACGCUCACACCUGAGGAUACCGUCAUCGCACAAGAUUACAGCGCAGUCAUUGUUGGCGGCGGCGCAAGUCGGAAGGCUUGCCAAGAUAUCGUAUCUACAACCGUAA